AUGUCAAGUACCAUUGUGAGAUGGGCUUUCAAUGCCACAGAAUGGAAACCUACCAUAGAGGAGAUCACAGAUGCGUCAUGCUAUAUUCAAUCUGAAGAGAAACAGAGGAUAGCAAGAUUUGUUUUCCAGAAUGAUGCAAAAUCCUCCCUAGUUGGACGGCUAAUGUUAAGAAAAUUUGUCCAUGAGACAAAUUCUAUACCUUACAAUGAAAUACGAUUUAUCAGGGACGAAAGGGGUAAGCCAUGCUUGGUUAAUGAUGGAGACACACCAGUGACCUUCAAUGUGUCACACCAAGGAGAUUUUGUCGUACUGGCUGGUCACAAAAACCGUAGUAUCGGCAUUGACAUCAUGAAGAUAGAACCACCGGCGAACAAGAACAUUCCAGAAUUCUUUCGAAUUAUGACGAGGCAAUUUUCCCCCCACGAAUGGGCCACAAUACGUAGCUUUCCCACGGAAUUGGAACAGAUUGCGUGCUUCUACCGCAUUUGGUGUCUCAAAGAGAGUUAUGUGAAAAAUACAGGGUUCGGUAUAACUGUACCACUGAAUGAAAUAAGUUUUUCGAUUAACACACGCAAGUUGGAAGUGGGGAAGUUGGUUACUGAUACGGUUUUAUAUGAAAAUAACGCUCAUAAGAAAGAAUAUUUUUUCGAAGAAACUUUAUUGGAUGAUAAGCAUGCGGUUGCUGUGUCACUGCAAGUAGGAGAGAAAGUACAGUACGUGCCAUCACCAUAUACUUUUCUAACUUUUGAGGAGAUCGUGAAGAAUGCUGAGCCACUGUGCGAACCAGAUUUCAAUUUCUCGGCAGAUUUUAUGGAAAAGCAAAUGAAAAGUUUGAACGCUUGGACGGCAUCGGAGAAUGAUUUCGACCAGCAGCUGGUCAUUGAUCUCGGCAGUGUAAAGAACAUUACAAGGGUUGCAACACAAGGGCGGGCUCAUUCCCAGGAGUUCGUUCAAGAGUAUCACAUCAGCUAUGGUUCGAAUGGUCAAGACUUUGUGCAGUACAAGGCUGCUGGAGGCGAAGUUAAGAAUAUUGUUAUUGGAGACAGGCUAUGCUUCGGAAUAACUGAACAGCUCAGCAAGAAACUUGCCAAUGAAAUUAUGAUUGGAACGUCAGCAUGGACAGCACAGGAGAGUUCCUACUACCAACAUUUGACGGUGAACCUCAUGAAGCGGAAAGAGCUUCGGAGUAUUGCCACGAGGGGGAGGUAUGCUACAGAUGAGUAUGUCACGGAAUAUAUGCUGCAGUACUCCGAUGAUGGGGAGAGUUGGAAACUGGUUGCAAGCGCUGAUGGGUAUACGCAGAUGUUCGAAGGCAAUCACGACGGGAACACGGUACAGAAGAACGAAUUCGAAGUGCCUAUUAUAGCACAAUAUAUACGAAUAAAUCCGAUGAGAUGGCGCGACAAGAUAUCUAUGAGAGUAGAAGUCUAUGGGUGCGAUUAUGUCGCCGAUACUCUCUACUUCAAUGGUACAUCCCUCAUAAAGAUGGAUCUCCUGCGCGAUCCAAUAUCAGCUUCCCGAGAAGUGAUCCGCUUCAGAUUCAAAACCAGUACAGCUUCAGGUGCGCUCAUGUACUCCAGAGGUACACAGGGAGACUAUUUCGCCUUGCAGCUCAGAGAUAAUAGGCUCGUGUUAAAUAUCGACCUGGGUUCUGGUACAUUGACCUCACUGUCAGUCGGCAGUCUACUGGACGAUAAUAUUUGGCAUGACGUGGUCAUAUCACGCAAUAGACGAGAAGUGCUCUUCUCUGUGGACAGAGUCAUCGUUCAUGAGAGGAUCAAGGGAGAGUUCUCCAGACUGAAUUUGAAUCGAGCCUUCUACAUCGGUGGCGUGCCAAACUUCCAAGAAGGUUUAGUAGUGAAUCAGAAUUUCACCGGUUGUAUAGAGAACAUGUAUCUGAAUGCAACCAACGUGAUACAGGAUCUCAAGCAAGGAUAUGAAACGGGUGAAGUCUUCAAGUUCCAGAAAGUUAACACACUGUUUGCUUGUCCGGAGCCUCCUGUAGUACCAAUCACCUUCCUCAAAGAGGGCUCGUACGCUAAACUCAAAGGAUAUGCUGGCAGUAACACUCUGAACAUCUCCUUGGAGUUCAGAACGUAUGAGAACCAUGGACUACUCAUAUACCACAAGUUUAACAGCGAAGGACAUGUUAAGGUGUACAUAGAAGAAGGUCGUGUUAAAGUAGAACUAGAAACUCCGGGCUCCCCUCGAGUGAAGCUUGACAACUACGCGGACGUAUUCAACGAUGGUCGUUGGCAUGCCCUGAUGCUGACAAUGGCCACCGAUAGCCUGACCCUGGCUAUCGACCUGCGUCCUGUUAGGACUACUAAGAAACUGCGGUUCAUGACUGGAAGCACUUACUAUAUAGCUGGUGGCAAGGCGCCCCCCCGAGGGUUCAUCGGCUGCAUGCGCAAGAUCGCCGUGGACGGCAACUACCGGCUGCCCACGGACUGGAAGAAGGAGGAGUACUGCUGCCAGAACGAGGUGGUGUUCGACGCGUGCCAGAUGAUCGACCGCUGCAACCCCAGCCCGUGCGAGCACGGCGGCGUGUGCACGCAGACGGCCGACGAGUUCACCUGCGACUGCAGCGCCACCGGCUACGCGGGGGCCGUCUGCCACACCUCAAUCCACCCUCUGUCGUGUCAAGCGUACAAGAACGUACAAGCAGUGUCCCGUUCCGCUCAGAUCCACAUCGACGUGGAUGGUUCUGGACCUCUGGCGGCUUUCCCUGUCACAUGUGAAUUUUAUUCCGAUGGUCGCAUUAUAACAGCAGUCGAGCACUCCUCCUCCCAAAACACAGUAGUGGAUGGGUACCAGGAGCCGGGCAGCUUCCGCCAAGACAUUAUCUACGACGCCAGCAGACAGCAGCUGGAAGCGUUACUCAAUAGGUCCGACACGUGUAUGCAACAUCUGGAAUACAUGUGUCGACAUUCAAGAUUGUUGAAUUCUCCUAGUGAAGAAGCAUCAUUCCACCCGUUCGCAUGGUGGGUAUCGCGGACAGGACAGCGCAUGGACUACUGGGCAGGCGCCACCCCGGGGUCACGGAUGUGCCAGUGUGGAGUUCUGGGGUCUUGCAGUGACCCCACCAAGUGGUGUAACUGUGAUGCUGAGCAUUCCAAGCCUGAAGAAUUCCAAGUGGAUGGAGGUGAGUUAACAGAGAAAGAGUUUCUGCCGGUGAAACAACUGCGGUUCGGUGACACCGGAUCUCACCUCGACGAGAAAGAAGGACGUUACACACUCGGACCUCUCUUGUGCGAGGGAGACGACUUGUUCAGCAACGCUGUAACUUUCCGCAUCACGGAUGCUAUAAUCACCCUUCCGAUGUUCGACCUGGGUCACAGUGGCGACAUCUACUUCGAAUUCAAGACGACGAGGGAAAAUGCUGUACUAUUGCAUUCUAAGGGUCCUCAAGACUACAUUAAGCUUUCUAUCAUCGGUGGUGACCAACUGCAGUUCCAAUUUCAAGUUGGAGAUACUCCCUUGGGAGUCUCCGUUGAGACAAGUAACAGGCUUGCUGAUAACAACUGGCAUUCAGUGUCUAUUGAAAGGAACAGGAAGGAGGCGUGCGUGGUGGUGGACGGCGCGCUGAAGAACGAGAUCCGCACGGCCAAGGAGCCGGUGCGCGCGCUGCACCUGACCACGGGGCUGGCGCUGGGCGGCGCGCUGGACCACAAGGACGGGUUCGUGGGCUGCAUGCGAGCGCUGCUGCUCAACGGACUCCCCGUCGACCUGCGCCACUACGCCAGGAGAGGUAUGUACGGCAUAUCGGAGGGGUGCGUGGGCAAGUGUUCGUCGUCCCCCUGCCUCAACAACGGCACGUGCCUGGAGGGCUACGAUUCGUACUCCUGCGACUGCCGCUGGACCUCCUUCAAGGGACCCAUCUGUGCUGACGAAAUCGGCGUGAACCUCCGUCCGAACUCGAUCAUAAAAUACGAUUUCUUGGGCUCCUGGCGUUCCACUAUAGCUGAGAAAAUUCGAGUUGGCUUCACCACCACCAACCCCAAGGGAUUCCUGCUUGGAUUCUUCUCGAACAUCUCUGGAGAAUAUCUCACGCUGAUGGUGUCCAACUCAGGCCACUUGCGAGUAAUCUUCGACUUUGGUUUCGAGCGGCGCGAGAUCAUAUUCCAAGGGAAGCAUUUCGCACUGGGACAGUACCACGACGUGAGGUUGUCGAGGAAAAACAGUGGAGCCACUAUGGUUUUACAGGUAGACAACUACGAAACUCAAGAGUUCACAUUCGACAUCAAGGAGUCAGCAGACGCCCAAUUCAACAAUAUCCAGUACAUGUACAUAGGGCGGAACGAGAGUAUGAACGAAGGGUUCGUGGGGUGUGUCAGUAGGGUGGAGUUCGAUGACAUAUACCCACUCAAACUACUUUUCCAACAGGACCCACCGCCCAACGUCAGGAGUAUAGGAGAUGGCGUUCUAAACGAGGACUUCUGCGGUGUAGAACCGGUCACCCAUCCACCGGAGAGGCUCGAGACACGCCCUCCGCCCGGCGUAAAUCUACAACAAGAACUUGACUAUCACAAAACUGACGAGGCUAUACUUGGCACUGUCCUGGCUUUCAUUUUCUUGAUGCUGAUAGUGGUGGCUAUCGUGUUGGUACGAGCGCUAUCCAGGCACAAGGGAGAAUAUCUUACGCAGGAGGAGCGCGGCGCGGCGGGCGCGGCCGACCCCGACGCGGCGGCGCUCGCGGCCGCCACCGGCCCGCGCGUCACCAAGCGACGGGAGUUCUUCAUCUAG